AACGAGUAAGAAUUUCAAAAUUGUUGACACAACGUUUUAGGCAGGUAGGUAAAUUGAAAGUGCAAUGUUAAAUUUAAAAUUUUUAACGUAAUUUAUGGGAAUAUAGGAUUUAAAUUAAAUCCUAUACAGUCAUAAUAAUAAUAUACGAAUUUCAUUGUAUACCAAAUGUAAUUCAAGAAAAUGGACUCUCGGGAAACAAUGUUCUUGUUCGAAAUAGCCGUUGAAGGAUUGACAAGCCAUAUCAAUUGCAGAGAGUUUUGUAUUAAAAGUCAAUUCGCAGAUGUAUUUGAUAUUAAAUUAAAAGACCCCAAUGAAAUGAGAUCGUAUUUAACAAAAAGUGCUAGUAAGUUUAAACGGAAAACCAAAGUGAGAAAUGGUAAAAAGCUCUCUAAUAAAGAAUCAAUGACUCCUAUGCUGCAGACCGGCCAAUCAGUCUUAUUUGCAAAUAAUGUGGAAACUCUGAUCGCAAACAUGAAAGAAUAUCCUAUGGAGCUAUCUCUAUGGAGUAAGCUCUUACCUGACUACAAAAUAGGGUCGACCCUGAUUCCUUGGAGCACGUCAUACUUUGAUUAUUUGGAAAACCUUAACAAAAAAAACGAGCCACCGUCUGUAAAUGUUAUAGGUGAUUAUAACGUGUUUCAUGAGACAACAUCAAAACGCAUGGCCGUGAUUAAGCUGAAUGUAAAGCUGACUUACUUAAGAGAUAAUAUUACAACACAGUUUGAAGCUUUUUCUGGGGAAACACCUCAGACAUUUAUGUACACUGGCUUUAAUUCAAAACGUGAAAGUGUUUUGAGCACCAUAAUCGACAAACCAAUUAAUUUUAAUAAUGAACCUGGUGUCAUUAAAACUAUAUACGCUGGCAGUACACGUAAUAUUACAGAAUUCAGCGUCGAUAGGAUUGAGAAUGCCAGUGACCGGCGAACCGAAAUAAUGGAUCUCGCUGGUAUUAGCAAAUGUGAAACAUCAAGGUUGAGAAUAACUGAAAUUAAUGAUGAUGGCAAUCUGGAGACAGAUCCUAGCGUUACAAACAGCAUCUUUAUUAAAAGUGAUUCAGAUUUACAUCAGACCACACAUAUGGCUAUCAUAAAGUCCAAGUCUUGUUCCACUGUCAGUCAAGAACAAUUAAAUUUUAUACGCUACAUAUUUGGCAACUCUUCCAGACCUUUUAGUAAUCAAAUCUACUGUGUUGGAUAUUUCACAGUAGAAAAUGAAUAUUCGGAUUCCCCUCCACUUGUUGAGCUGAAGCCUGCAGACUCCGGAAGGAAUGACACGGAAGAAUCUGAUAGAUCCAUGAAAUCUGAAAAAGUUGCCAAAUCUGAGAAAAGUGAUAAAUCUGAUAUAAGUGAGAAGAGUAGCAAAUCUGAGAAAGCUAAUAAACCUGCGACAAGUGACAAGUCUCUUAAAAGUGUCAUGUCUGAGAGAACUGAAAAGUCCGAGAGAAGUGACAAAUCUGACAAAACUGAAAAGUCUGUAAAAAGUGACAAAUCUCAGAAAAGUGUUAAGUCUGAGAAAGCAGAAAACUUAGAAAGUGAACAAUUUGAAGAAGCUGAAACUUCAGAAAAUGUAAAAAAUAAAUACAGGUUUAGAAUUUGCGAUGAGGAAUGUCCUUUAAGAAAACAGGGUGCCAGUGGCGUACCUAGUACUUGUUCAUUUGAUAUAUCUCCGGAAGCUGCCCGUUUGAUAUCAGCUGUGAGGAAAUGUGAUCAGGUAAUUUGCGAUCAUAAAGUUUUCAGAAAACUGCCCCCUCCACCUGACGACCGAAUUUUGUUAGACUAUGACAAUAUAAAGAGAGUUUGUUGCGACCAAAAGGAAUCGAGCCUAAGAAUAUCUGAUGAUCCUUGUUAUUGUAGAUGCACCUGCACCUUCGGCUUUGUAAAGGAUUCAACAUUUUGUGAAAUAUGUGGAGGCUAUGAACGUAUUGGUGAAGAUGUUACAAAGAAAUACCUGUACGAAACAUCUUUCCCGUGUCCAGUAUUUCACAAGUUAAUUGAUCUUAGUAAAGGAAGAACAAAGGCCUUAAGUAUAUCUGGAAGUGAUUCCAAGAAAAAGGAUUCCAAACAUAAAGUCGGUGAUAAGCCUGAAAAGACUGAACGCAUUGAAAAAGCGGAGAAACCUGGAAAAAGUGACAAGACCCUUGAAAUCGAACGAGACACAAGUACAAAAAAGGGGAAAAAGACUAAAAAGGACGACAGAUUUAAGUUUAACUACGGUUAUACAGGUAUACCACCACAUGUUGGGCACAGUCGUUGCGCAUUGCCGUGUGCUGGAGCUCUGGGUCCGGUACCCAAGCGUAUGGGCUGGCUCUGGAAUGCUGAAGACGUACCUGGGAUGAAGUAUCGUCCACUUUAUAAGCCUGGUGCAGCCAAUAAGCAUGUAGUAAGGUUACUAAAAAUAGCAAAGAAUCCGGGACAAGUAUUGUCUAAGAAGAGAAAGAAGGAAUUAUCAAAAGGAAAACGACCACUCAAGCGCCCGUUGCUUAUAGUACAGAAGAAGGAUGGAGAAUAUACUGUAACCAUGGAAACCAUGAAAACAUAUGCCAAGCCGCGAACUUACAAUCAAUAUCCGUAUGAAGACAAACCUUUAGUUACUUACACUAUAGGAAGAACCGAGGAAGAAAACAGAGAAAGGAAGAUAAAGAAAGAGCGAGCACAGCGGCGCCUGGAAAGGCUUCAGCGUGAAUUUAUACAGAGUGCUUUUAGAGAUAUGUGCCAGGAGAUUUGUUUAAAGACCUAUCAUCAAGCGCUCGGUUUGUUACCAGAUGCAGAAAAACCUGACUGUCUCUGCUAUCCCAUUCAGCCAGGCCCCGAUAGAACUGACCUGGAUCAUUCCUGCUCUUGCUCAGAAGACAAGUCACUUACUGAAACUGACACUGAUUCUGAUGAAUGGAUAGUUGAAUUUACUCCUCCGAAUGCCACUUUUGAUCCUUCAUAUAAAAGCAAGAAAAUAUCAUUUGUAGAAACUUCAACUCAAUACUCGUAUAUGGAUUAUAGAGUGAAAUUGUUAGAUAGGUAUGGAAACCCUGUGCCUCGGUUCUUUAAAGGACCUGAUGGUAAACAACAGUGCAGUGAUUUAGGAGGAUUUUGGAGUCCAGAAAAUAAGUGGUUGGAAAUUAAUAUAGAUGGUUUUAUAGGACCUGAUGAGAAAUGGGCUCCAAAUGUCUUUGUGGGGCCAAAUGGGGAGCACGUUGAUGCUGAAGCUGGAAAGUUCCAAACUAUGAGUGGUAAAUGGUUAGUUGUUGGGAUCGAUGGAUAUGUGGAUUCGCAAGGGAAGUGGAAAUUCUAUUCGAAACAGAAAGAGGAAGGUGAGCCACCAAAACGUCGUAAGAAAGCUACCGGAGACCAGAACGAGGAUCAUGCACAGGUAAAGCAGUCCGAAGCCACUUGGAGUUGUUUUGGUAGUGUUUCUCCAAAACAAUUAUCGAAAAUGGGAAUAGUUGGCCAUGGGCACGACAAAAAAUUACUUUUGUCUACUCUGCAAGAUUUACUGGCUCAAGGCGAAGAUGUGAAAAUUCCUGAACCGUCCACAGUACCGAAGAUAAAGACAAAAGGUAAAGCUAAAAACACAUCCAGAACCAAUACGUAUCAGAUGAUGGAUCGAAGGAAAUGUAAGCACGCAACACCUUCUGAUAAGGGCAUAGUGGCUGUUGAUGCACACGGAAAUAAAACAUACUUCAGAAUUAAAGACAUUAAAAACAAAAGGCCAAGGCAAAGGAUAGCAACUUUGACCCACCAGGGGAUUAGUUUAAGCUCAUUCCAUGUACCAUGUUUCCAUUCUUUUAUUAGUAGUGAGAUUGCGAAGAAAGAGAAGUAUGAUCGACUAGUAGCCCUAGCUAAGGGAGCCGGUGCUAGCAACAAAGACACCAAUAAAUCGACCAAGCCAGCGGCCCAGGAUGGCCCACCGCCCGACUUUCCAUCAGCAGCGCCAUACACGCGGCACUUAAUGUAACGCUGUGUCCAGUGUCCAUAUAAAUAAACAUUGGGUGUAGGAAUUCUUUGUAGGUAAAGACAAUCGAAGUAUUAAGUGGAAUUUAUUUGGUAAAGUGCUAAGUCAAAUUUUGUAACGUUAUAGUAACUUGUAAGAUAAAUAAACUAUUUAUUUAACCAAA